CCACUGAGUAUCCCCCUACCACCCUGCCACACACACCCCUGCUAUAGACAGCCCUUGCACGCACCUCCGCGACUCACUAAUCACUGCCUUACACCACUGAGUAAACCCCUAUCACCCUGCCACACACACCCCUGCUAUAAACAGCCCCUGCACUCACCUCAACCGCUCAGCCAUACAUCUACACCCAUACACAUUAACAUCAAACUGUCCCACCUUUUCUACAGUCCCAAUCCCUUCCUCCCACACCCAACACCAACCCUGGCUUUCGUUUCUUCCUCUCCACACAUUCACUUACACUAAACCCUGCCAAUAUAUCCCCUGCCAGACACACACUUCAACACCAAUCCUACCACACACUCCUAACAUCAAACCUUGAACCAUUACCACCUCCCUUUUAGUAACAUCAUGCUCACCCUUCUCAUCAUCACCCUAUCCUUCACCACCACUACCUCCACCUCCUCCUCGACCCUCCAGCUACCCGUCCGCGAAGUCCUGACACUCGAAGACCCCGAACUCAGUGUCCUCGACUUCAUCAGACUCAGUUACCAGCCGCUGCUCUUCCCGAAGGCUCUAUCUAGGAACACACUCGCCGCUCUCACCCCUUGGACCUUCCCGAGUCUUACCACGAGUCUAGAAGCUGCCACCACCUUCUGCGUCGCCUCAACGGGAUCACAAAACCACGACGAUGAUUCUGAGACGGUUGAUGACGUGAAAAAGAAGAGUGAAAAGAACAGAGAAGCAGAAAGUGUAGAGAAAGGAGAAAGUAAGGAGAAUGCAGACGCUAAAGAGACAGAAACGGACGUGGAGAAGAUCAAAGGGAAGAGAGAUGAAGAGAAGUUGAACGUAGAAGGAAAAGCAAUGAAAGAAGAAAGUAGAGGUCGUGCAGAAACCAGUGAGGAAAACGAGGAAAGAAAUACAAUAAAAAGAAAAGGAAAAAAAGAGAAUGAGGAUAUAAAGGAACGCAAAAACACGGAAAAGGAGGCCAAGAAAAUUAGUGACAAAACAGAAGGAAGAGGAAAAACGAUUAGUACGGAAGAGGAGGGAGGGAGGGAGAGGACGGAGGAAGGGGCAAAGAAGAAGGGGAAGAAGGAAAUACCCAUGUCCCUUAGGAGGUUUGGCAUGGAGGGCCCCGGCAGAGGAUGGGUCAGUGCCUUCACCAGCAUCACAAAGGAGCUGGGGACAGCCGUGACUCUGCCGGGUGUGUUGAAAGAUGCUGACCUGACCUUCCUUGACCUCACCAAAACAGGUCUGAGACAUGUCCGCGUGGGGUGGAAGGGGCGGGGUGAGGGUGACGGAGACAGCAGCAGCGCCGGGGUGGUGUGCGUGGCUGAGGGCGGCCUUACUCUCUCCCUCACGCCCUUGCCCCCCUCCCUCGCGACCCUCCAGUGCGAGGCGGGCCAGUGUAGGGCGACUGUUGAAACCCAUCAGGAGCAGGCCGCCGCCCCGUCAGACUUGUCCUUCCUGGUGCAGGCCGCGAUGCACCCCCAAGCCUGCCUCUACGCCCCCCCAGGAUGGCAGUGGGCAGCAGCAGCGCUCGAGGACUCCACGCUCUUCGUCUUCACUUUUGAGGACGACCUGGUCAUCAAGGAGGAUGUGGUGGACCAGCUAUUCAAGGACGAGGAGGAGGAGGAGGAAGACAGAUCUCAGGGAACACGAAGACAGCGGGACCAGGAGGAGGCAGCGGAGGCACCUUCACUGUGGAGGGCGCUGCCGAAGGGGUCCUCGCCGCCCGCCCUGCUGCUGUGGGGGGACCAGAACCCACUCCUCCACCUGCUGCGUCGCUACCUGCUCUCCGGCCGCUACCUCCGCCGCCACGCCUUCCUGCAGGAGUUCCAAGUGGAUCGCGACUUGCUGCCCGAUCUCGUGGACUGUUCGAAGGAGUGCCAGAGGUCAGCUGUCGAGGUCUUCAAGCUCCUGGAUGCUGACGGGGACCUCGAGCUGACCCCCGCUGACGCCACGCUGCUCACCCACGCCUCCUUCACGUCCCUCAGCCACCAGUUGGAUGACCUCGUGGAUGAGCUGAAGGAUCUAGCGAAGGAGCAGUGGGAGGAGGCUGUGGAGGGCCCAGAUGAAACACGGGCAGGCUUCCUUCGGCGGGCCAAGGAGCGACUCUCAGCCUCGGCCACGGCGGCGGUGCGGCGCUGGGUGGCGGGCGACCUCGAGGAGACGGAGGAGGAGGCGUUGAAGGAGCACCUGCCGGCCCUCCACGACCAGGUCCUCGCCGCUAGAGCGACCACGGCGCCCGGAGGUAAUGUAGGAGAGGUUGUUGUGUUUGUAGUAUGUUCGUUUAAUGUCUCGUUUUAUCGUAGUACGUUCGUUUAGUGUCUCGUUUUAUCGUAGUAUGUUCGUUUAUCGCCUUGUCCUUCAUGUAUUUCGUUUGUUUCUGUCGUUGUCGUUGAUGUUUGGUUUUUAUUUCAUUCGUACAAGAUCUGAAGUGCAUGAAAAGUCUACAACAGGGUCUUAUUUUAGCAUGUGUGAGUAAAUUCUUAAUUGGUGUUAUCUGACUCCCUUCCACUCCUCGCUACUCUCUCCCUUUACUCCCUCACUCUCCUCCUCUCCUCACUCUGAUCCAUUUCCCUCAGACAAAGAAGAACUGUAGUCGCCUCGCCAGCCUUCCAUACCCUCCUCCUCACUCCUGCCUUCACGAACCUCUCUCUGUCUCCCGAUGAAGGCGCAUCAGUAGCUUCCUUCACCCCGUCCUUCAUCGCCUCCACACAGUAAAAACAAGAACCAAAAAGACGUGUAUUUAUUUAUAUUUACUGGUAACAGGUUUCUCCUAUGCACGAGGAAGCCAUCCGGGUCUGGUAAAACAUAGAGAUAAGGUUUUAGCGAAGAUGUGUGGAAGUUAUUUUUGGCUUUGUAAUAAACUCAGGUAAUAGAGGUUAAUUACACUUACCUGGAUGAAUAUGCAGGAGAGAGAGAGAGAGAGAGAGAGAGAGAGAGAGAGAGAGAGAGAGAGAGAGAGAGAAGAGAAGAGAAGAGAAGAGACGAACAGACAGACAGACAGACAGACAGAUAGAUAGAUAGACAGACAGACAAAACAGACCAAAUUUUUUACACUUAAUAAAACAAACACAUAUCAAAGUUAAUACUGACUCACCCGCUGACAGGAGGAUAAAUACGAACACAAACAAACAAACAAACAAACAAAGAA